GGGAGGGGAGAAUGAAAACAUUCCCAGAGUUAGUGGAGGUUGAGGGAAGUUAUCGUCUUAAUUCCUCUUUAUACCUAUAACUAUUAAUUGCCACGACUUGUAAAGGUUCACUUAGGUGACAUCAAAGUCUAUUAAACCCUCCCAUGAGCGAGUAAAGUGGUUGAGAGGUGGAGAAGAUGAGUAAUAUAGAUACUCAGGUGAACACGAAGCUGGAGUGGGUGUUGAGGCGGCUGACUGGAGGGUGUGAUCCUGGCCUCAAGCUUCACCAACAGACUGUAGAGGUGAUCCUUACAGAGGUGGAGGACGACACUGUGCUUAAUAAACUCCACACCAAUAUAGAAUUCCUCCUCCACAAGAACGAGAAUGGAUAUGAAUGGGCUCAGAGUGUUGGCUUGGUGUCCUUUAUACAGACUGUUCUUGAACCAAGUGUCAUCAACACUACCAAGAACUUUGCCACAGUGUCUUUUACCUUGAAGGUUUUGGCAUCACUGAUCGCUGCCAAAGACAACUUUGAUAUGUUUAUUGAGGAUAAGGUUUUAUGCCACUUCCUGAUUAUUCUGCCCAGCAUAAGGAGUGAUCCAAACCUCUCCUCCUCUGCACUCGUCCUUGUACAAGCCAUCUUUAAACACAAACCUGGCCUUUACUGGCUGAUCAAAAAUGGCAUAUGGGAGAAGAUGUUGCUGCCUUGCCUACGAAGCCCCAGUAUGUUUGUACAGCGAGAGGGAGUAAAUGUCAUUGCUACCUUUAUGCUGCUGCUUAUAGACACACCGCAUUUUGAGUCCCUGGUUAAGGACUUGUUCAUUAUCUCAGACAAGUUCUGUGAGUUGCGGCAACAGAUGAGUAAGGCAGAUGGGGAGGAACUGAGGCAGAGCAGCUUGUGUGUUCUUCGUAUAUUUAAAGAAGUGUAUACGCAGACAUUGGGUAAGGUUGCUGUUUACUCCCAAAUCCGGAAAGUUGUAGAUACCAGCGCUCGUUUGAUUGCAAUACUGAAUUACAAGAUCCCAGUUACAACUGUUUCUUGCAGUACUGAUCUUUUGAUCCUCAACAUAUUACAUAAAUUCCAGGAGCAGCUGAUGGGGUAUGGCAUACUGGAACAGUUUCUGCUAGACUCUUUGUGUGGGGAAUUUGUAACCUUAACUAGGCUGCUGCUAGAGAAGGGGUACAUUGAAUCCUUCCUCAGGUCAUCUGUAAACAUUCAUAAGUACUGGAUGAUAAUGGUCCAGAACCUUAAGGAAACCAAGAAUAUUGACCUGACCUCCAUAGAAGCUGUGCUCCAUAUAGUCACAAAUUUCCAGGUAACUCCAAUUUUGGUGUUGUAUCAAACCUCGCUGGAGGAAUUCUACAAGGAGUGUCCGGAGAAGAUGAAGGUGAUUGCAAAAUGGGACGAGGAGAUUCACAGCCGCAUUAACAUCAAGGAUGACAUCAAGGUUGAGGCCUCGAAGUUGGAGAAACAGAUCUUGGAGACGUUAGACAGAGAUCCAAAGGAAGCAGUUCGCAUGGCUAUUGUCUGCAUCUCGGCCAUUACAGGCGCCAAUGAAUAUCUUAAUCCAACGUGUGCAGUGACGGUGUUCCAAGGGAUGGUGUUCCUCCUUGGUGCACAGGACACUGCCAGCUCCUCCAUUAGAUACAACACGGCCCUACAGAGAGCAGUGAUUGAUGGACUGCGUGUGUUGGUGGAAAAAUUUAACAUUGACUGGAGAAAGUGUUUUGCUUCUGUGUGUUUGAUGGCCAAACUGUGUGACCUUGUGAAUAUUCCAGGCAUCUCUACACAGGUGAAGGUGUGUACGCUCAAGGCUAUGAACUCCUGCAUCAUUGGCUUCAUCCCCCCUGUGAUGUCCAUGUUGGUGAACAGUGAGGACCUGGAGCAUAACAGUGUGGAAACUAUGGGCAGGGCAUUGACCAUCUAUCUAGGUGACCGAGAAUGGGAGGUGAGGGACUCUGCAUUAGAAACCCUCAUCACCUGCAUGAAGUUGGCCAAAGAAAAAUACCCUCACUUUGUUGACUGGAUGUUGCGGUACAAACUGAACCUUGCUGUCAUGACUGCACUGGGGGAUGUUGAAGGCUAUGUGAGAGCCAGUGCCUUCACUGUCUUGGCAAAUAUUAUAUCCAUUGAUAAGGUGUAUGCAGAGUUGAAGGCGGAGAGUCUGCCUCACCGCUCCCUGGCAUUUGUCCUGCGGGAGGGGGAGUCACCGGUACGGAGGGCUGCCGUGACCCUAGUACAGGAGCUCUUCUUAGCAGGCAAAUACAGUGAGGAAGAAGUGAAUGGUUUGGUUGUGAGAGUCAUCCAGCACUCAGCAGAAGACCAGGAUGAUGAGGUGCGGAUGGCAUCUCUUGAGUUUAUCCACUCACACAUCCUUUGUGCUCUCAACAAUUCAGGAAUGGUUGAUGGAGAAUUCCCCUCUGUGAUAUUUAGCAAAGGCAAGAUUAUAAAACUGGACAAGGAAAAAGUGAGGAGUCGUGUCCACAGUGUUCUUACCUGGUUUUGUGAGUGUGGUUACCUGUGCUCCCUGCUGGCUUGUAUGAAAGAUCUGGUGACAAACGUGGCAACCAAGGCCCUAGGGAUCCUUCACUUUAUCAAUGAACUCAUCACCCGCUAUGACAUACAUAUGGAAAGCAGUGUCAAAAAUAGGAGAGUAUCAGGCAAUGAUAAUUCAAACAGAGGGAUCAGGGAAAAGAUGAAGGCAGAGAAGCCAAUUUUUGUAAACGUCACCAGACACGAUGUCAACAUUCCUGAAGAUGAAAUCGACAAAACCAUCAGUGAAAUUCUCAGUUCCUCAUCCCUGGAAUCAGUGACAAUGAUUAAGCGACCUUUCAGUGAAUCGAUGGAUACCUCUAAUCUCUACUCUAGAAGUUUCCUGCUGACGCUUGAUGACGUUCCAUCUGCAAAUCCACCGCUUCCACUCUCCUGUCUCUUGCAAAGCAUAGAUAGUCUGUGUCAGAGCAAGAAUACCAGUCAAGAUGACAGACAUCAGAUUAAUGACAUAUUAUCAUUACUGGAUGACAUUCUUCUGGAUGGGGACAAACAGCAAUCUCAUGCCGACGACCAGCGGCUACGGGACUGUUACUGAGAGCCUUUCCAACUUAAAGAGGAAAUAUGUUUCAUGGUAAUCAAGGAAAACAGUUAAACGUUCCAUGAUUAAGGACAAAGAGAUUCUGUAUAAAAGCACUGGACCAGAUUUGGAAAUAUUUUUGAACUUCCAAAUUGUUAGACUGGAAACAUCGUCAGUACCGUGGUUGGAUAUAGGUAUGUGCUGGCCUUCAUAAGUUGUUUAAAAUACUGCAGUGUAUCAGAUGUUUUAGUUCUGCACAAUAGAGACAACUUUUUAGCACUUUGCUUCAUGGAGGUCUAUCAGUUACAUGCCCGGAUAAGUCGGAGUAGUCUGUCAGGUACUGUAUGCAAAAACCGCCCACUCUCGGUCGCUCUGCGUCUGUUCACUUACUUCAUUAUUUUUUUAAAUAUCUUUAUUAUUAUAAACUCAUUAGUUAGGCAAAAUCUUACUAAAGAGAAUUGUAUUAUACAGAAUAAAAAUAAAAAUAAUGUAGUCUUUAUACAAUUUAAGGAAUAUAAGUGGAAUACAUGUUGCUCCGACAGACUGCUGGUACACCCGAGCGAUGUGUAUUAGUGUCAGAAAUGAGUAAGCAGUUAAGAUUUAACUGAGUGGUUGUGAUUUUGAUCUGACUCUUCUGCAACUCAAAUAUGACAGAAAGCAUUAAGUUGAAAGACAUGGAUGGCUGUGAGAAUGUCGGAGUUUGCUGAUUAUUUACUAUAAAAAAAAAUUCUUGUCGUGGACAUUCUGGUUUAUUGUGUGUGUGAGUGUGUGUAAGGAUGUUAUUAUUAUGUGAUGAUGACUGAUGAUCGGUAAUUGUGAUCAAAGAACGUACAUACAUAACCAGUAAUAUUACUACAGUUCUGUACAGGGGUUUUAUAUGUUUAUGUUCUUGGAAAAUAAUGUCAUUUAACAUUUUAGCAUUCCAUAUUUACUGUUCUUUUUUAUCUUAAGUUUUCUGUAGUCCUUCUAAGGUUUGCAUUGGAUUUUGACAUUGAAAUGGGGAGAGAUUUAUUUGGUCUUAAAUUUUUGGGAAGUCAGACGUGUAUUGGCUGUAGCCUGGUUUAAAUGUUAUGACCUGAGGUACAAGUAAGGUAAAUAAACUCUGAGAAAUAUUUUAUUGAGUUAGACAAACAAGAAGAAAUUCUUCAAGAGUUAACUUGUGGCCAGUCCAAUGUGAUGAUUAGUUUUAGUUGCUGACUCUUGUCUAGUUUUUUAAGUUUAUAUUUUGUAUUAUUACAGUACAGUAGUACCCCGAUUUACGAGGUCAAUUGAACCCACAGGGGUACCGCGGAAAGUGAAAACCGAGUGAAAACCGCGUAAAGUGUACAACAGAACAUAUGGG